UCUCCGCGAGCUUUUGGCUGGGGCGGUGUGUCCUGUGGAAGAACCCAUCGCCGUCGGCUCGCUAGUUUGGGGUUUCCGUCCCAUUUCCUAUUGUGCGGAAUUCCGCCCAAGUUCACGGUCGGCUUCGGUUCAAGGGCUGAGGGCCGUCUUUAUAAUCGCUCGGUCCAUUGUCGGACUGAUCAGAAAUCCACCGAACGUCAUUCUGCCCCGUUAUGUUAGUUAGUGCUGGAGCUGUUGAAAGAUGGCAGAAGAAGUGGUGGUUGUAGCCAAAUUUGACUAUGUGGCCCAACAAGAACAAGAGCUGGAUAUCAAGAAGAAUGAGAGGUUAUGGCUUCUGGAUGAUUCUAAAUCCUGGUGGCGAGUUCGAAAUUCCAUGAAUAAAACGGGUUUUGUCCCUUCUAACUAUGUGGAAAGGAAAAAUAGUGCUCGGAAAGCAUCUAUUGUGAAAAACCUAAAGGAUACUUUAGGCAUUGGAAAAGUGAAGAGAAAACCUAGUGUUCCAGAUACUGCAUCUCCUGCCGAUGAUAGCUUUGUUGACCCAGGGGAACGUCUCUAUGACCUCAACAUGCCUGCUUAUGUGAAAUUUAACUACAUGGCUGAGAGAGAAGAUGAAUUAUCACUGAUAAAAGGGACCAAGGUGAUCGUCAUGGAGAAAUGCAGUGAUGGGUGGUGGCGUGGUAGCUACAACGGACAAAUUGGAUGGUUUCCUUCAAACUAUGUAACUGAAGAAGGUGACAGUCCUUUGGGUGAUCAUGUGGGUUCUCUGUCAGAGAAAUUAGCAGCAGUUGUCAACAACCUAAAUACAGGGCAAGUAUUGCAUGUGGUACAGGCUCUUUACCCAUUCAGCUCAUCAAAUGACGAAGAACUCAAUUUUGAGAAAGGUGAUGUAAUGGAUGUUAUUGAGAAGCCAGAAAAUGACCCAGAGUGGUGGAAAUGCAGGAAAAUCAAUGGCAUGGUUGGUCUAGUGCCAAAAAACUAUGUUACCAUUAUGCAGAAUAAUCCAUUAACCUCAGGUUUGGAACCAUCACCUCCACAAUGUGAUUACAUUAGGCCUUCACUCACUGGAAAGUUUGCUGGCAAUCCUUGGUAUUAUGGCAAAGUCACCAGGCAUCAAGCAGAAAUGGCAUUAAAUGAAAGAGGGCAUGAAGGGGAUUUCCUCAUCCGUGAUAGUGAAUCUUCGCCAAAUGAUUUCUCAGUAUCACUAAAAGCACAGGGGAAAAACAAGCAUUUUAAAGUCCAACUAAAAGAUACUGUCUACUGCAUUGGGCAGCGAAAAUUCAGCACCAUGGAAGAACUUGUAGAACAUUACAAAAAGGCACCUAUUUUUACAAGUGAACAAGGAGAAAAAUUGUAUCUCGUCAAGCAUUUAUCAUGAUACUGCCGAUCACACAGCUUUAAUUCGCCAUGCAAUUGAAGACUGAGAAAAUAGCGGUCCAGUUGUGCUUGAUUGGAAAUUGCUGUUUCUAACUCUGUAUGAGAAUGAACUAUAUAAUACAUACAUAUUUUUGUUAUAGCUCGAUCCAUACAUACAUAUAUACUACGUAUGCACUGCAUCUGCUUUGAAGAAUUCUUUAUUUUUGCUCUCCUAUUUUACCAUUUCUUUGCUGUUUUUCUCUUCUAACAAUUAAAGGUUUUGCAUUUUGAAAAAAAAUCAGAAAAUGCAGAUCAGAGUCUUUAUAUAGAAAAUUUCUUGGUUGCCUUUAUUUCCUUGCAAAGGCACCCUAUAUGUUCCGCCAUAGUUUCUCUUCAUAGAAAAUUAUAUCUAUAUAUGGCAUAUGCUAAAAUAUUAUUUCUUGGAAAACAUUAAUCUUUUCUGUGACUAAAUAGCAAUAAUAAAUGGAAAAUUAGAAAUUAUUUUCAGGUAUUGUAUCUGUCACAAGCCAUUGUAAAUAUCAAGUAUGUUGUAUGUGCCAUUUAAAAAAAAAUUCAUUGUCUUUAUUGUACCACAGAACAGAUUGAACAUAGGUUAGGAACAUCUUGCAUAUUUUAAUUUAUGACUUUAAACAGAAAUCACCAAAUUAUUAAGAAUUUUUUACCUAGAUAUUCAGAAGAGCAAAGCAGUGUUUGACAUAUUUAGCUUUUAAAAUUAAAUGGAUGUUUUAGUGUUGUUUUCUCUACUAGUGUAACUUGACCAAAGUAUGUGAAAAUUAUGCCAAUGUGAAGUGAGUUGUGGCUAAGUUUUUGGGAAGUAGUAGAUAGUGAGAUGUGUGAGUUUGUUUGUUCUUCCUUUCCUUCUAAACCUCAGUAAGGGAUAGUGAUUCCUUUUUGAAUCCUUCUAACUCAUCCACCUACCAUCCCUCCCCCAUUUCCUUCUUUUUAUGUAUUUAAAUUUUAUUUUAUUUUUGUAGUGUAGUGCUGGAGAGCCAAUGUAAUGCUAUUUUAGCCUCCCCCCCCCCAAAAAUCAGAUUAGGCUUAUUUUUAAACUGUAGCACUGCUGGGAUUGAUCCCCAAGAUUCACACAUGCUGAGCAGUGUUCCCUCUAGAGUGUUCUACCACUGAGUGAUUCCUCUAGCCCCUCCUUUGAUAUUUGAGCUUUGUAAACUGGGACACUAAAAUGGUAUACCUAAGCCGAGUAUGGUGGUGUGUGCCUUUAAUCCCAGCAUUUGGGAGGCAGAGGUAGGAGGAUUGCCAUGAGUUCUAAGUUUGAGGCCACCCUAAGCCUACAUAGUGAAUUCCAGGUCAGCCUGAGCUACCG